AUGGCCGGAAGAAACGCUGGGAGGAAUGAUGAGGCUCUUGCUGCAGCUAUGCAGGCAACGGCUCAGGCGUUCCAGAACCCACCCAAUGCUGACGAGAACGUGGGGUCUCGUAGUCUGGCGACGUUUCAGAGGGAGAACCCGCCUACUUUUCUGGGUAGGUAUGAUCCUGAAGGAGCCUUGGCUUGGUUGAAGGAGAUUGAAAGAAUCUUCAGAGUGAUGGAUUGCACUCUUGUGCAAAAGAUCCUUUAUAGAACUCAUAAGCUGUCAGGUGAAGCCGAUGAUUGGUGGGUGGACACUCGUCUAAGGUUGGAAACUGCGGGCGAGGAGAUUACUUGGGAAGUGUUUCGUAGAGAAUUUUUGAGGAAGUAUUAUCCAGAAGAUGUGCGAGGAAAGAAAGAGAUUGAAUUCCUCGAGUUGAAGCAAGGGAACUUGUCAGUCACGGAGUAUGCUGCUAAGUUCACUGAAUUGGCUAAGUUCUAUCCUCACUAUGAUGAAGCCAAUGCCGAAUUCUCUAAGUGCAUCAAGUUUGAAAAUGAAUUGCGUCCGGAAAUUAAGAAAGUUGUGGGAUAUCAAAAGAUUCGCGUCUUUGCGAAUCUGAUUGAUAGUUGUAGAAUCUUUGAAGAGGACAACAAUGCACACUAUAAGAUCUUGUCUGAGAAGAGAGGAAGGGGUCAACACAGUCGUGGUAAGCCAUAUGAAACUCUGGUUGGAAAAGGGAAACAGAAAGUGAUUCCGGGUCGAAGAACAAGUGGGGGAGAUGCUCCUGCUAAUGUUAUCUGUUUCAAGUGUGGAAAGCCGGGUCACAAGAGUAAUGUGUGUAGGCUUGGUGAAACGAGAUGUUUCCGUUGUGGUAUGCCGGGACAUGCGGCUCGUGAUUGUAAGCAGAAGGAUGUUGUUUGCUUUAACUGUGGGGAAGGAGGACAUAUCAGUGCUAAAUGUCAGAAGCCAAAGAGGGGACAAGAGAGUGGUAAAGUGUUUGCUUUGUCGGGAACUCAGACUACAAAUGAAGAUGGACUUAUUCGAGGUACUUGUUUCAUUAAUAGCAUUCCUUUAAUUACUAUUAUUGAUACCGGUGCCACACACUGUUUUGUUGCUGCGGAUUGUGUUGAAAGAUUGGGUCUUUCUUUGUCUUCCUUGGGUAGAGAUAUGAUUGUUAAGGUUCCCGCUAAGGGAACAGUAUCCACGUCUCUUGCGUGUAAGAGUUGCCCCUUGUCAAUAUUUGGUAAAGAUUUUGUAGUUGAUCUUGUUUGUUUGCCGCUUGUCGGGUUGGAUGUAGUAUUGGGUAUGGACUGGUUGAAAUCCAACUAUGUUCAUAUUAAUUGCUACAACAACACUGUGAGGUUUUCUUCUGCCGAAGAAGAGGGAAGAACAAAAUUGUUAUCCAAGAAACAAUUGAAGGAGUUCAUAGAAGAAGACGCGUUGGUGUUCUUGUUGAUGGCAAGCUUGUCUGUGGAGAGUCAGGCUGUAAUUGCGGACUUGUCGGUGGUGUGCAAUUUCCCUGAAGUUUUUCCCGAUGAGAUUCCUAGUGCACCGCCAGAAAGAGAAGAAAUUGUAUGCUAA